AAAGCUCUUCCCAAAGAAGCCCAAACAAAAAAUAAUCUUUUUCAGUGUAUAUCCAUUGCUCAUGCCCUUCUGCAGCCAAACACCUAGCAUUUCUAGGGAAAGAUGAUAUCCCUGCAUCAAUUUCUGCUGCACUUCGCCGCCGCUAGACAAUCAUCCCGCUCCACCUUUCCUGCCACUGCCUAUGAAAUCUUAAGAAAACAUUGCUUCCCACCCCCCUCCGCAUCUUCAUAUUCAACUUUCAACCGUUCAAUUCACUCUUCCAGCUCUCCGUCUCCCUCAGCCUUGUCCUCUUCAAAGCCGCUUAGUGCUGUAGCCUCUGAAAACUCGGAGACAAGUUCUGAUGAUGAUAACAACGGUUGGGAUGAUGAUGUAGAUUCAGUUUCGGUUUAUUCACCAAACACACCAGCAAAUAAUGACUACAAGUCUCUGGGAAAUGCUCUGGAUGUACCAUGGGUUUCAAGAAUUUCUCGUUUUGAUGCAACAUCGUGUCUGAAGGAACCUUCACGAGAAAGGAAACAAAAGAAGAUGUAUAAUAUUAGUCAAAAGACUCGUUUAGAUUGUAUGACUAAUUUGAGUGACAAGAAAAUGGGGUGGGAAGAUCCGUAUUUGGUGAAUUCAUCUGAAUCACAAGGGAUUAGUGAUUACAAGUCUCUGAAAAAUGUUUUGGGUGCACCACAGCUCUCUAGCAUUCCACUUAGUAAUGUGUCAUUGUUGUGUACAAAGGAAGUUUCUUGUGUACGGGAACACAGAUGGGCUUAUAGGAGUAGUCAAAAGACUCGUCUAGGUGGCUUAAUGGAUAUGUCUGCCAAGAAAACAGAGAUGGAAGAUUCAGGCUCAGUCAAGUCAUGUGAGUCACAAAUGACUACUGUUGACACAUCGCAUGAAAUCUUUUGGGGCGUACCACGGAUCUCUAGCAAAUCACAUGAUAAUGUAGCAUUGUAUCGAAAGGAAGUUUCACAAGAAAGAAAACACAAAUGGACUUGUAAAAAUAGUCAAAAGACUCGUCUUGAUAGCUUAAUUGGCUUAUGUGCGAAGCAAAUGGGGACGGAUGUUACAAAUCUUGUGUUUGGUAAACUGAGGAGAAAGACUAGUCUGAAAGAGUAUAAUACAAUAAUAAAUCUUUGUGUUGAAGAAGCAAGGAAGAUGGGUACUGUAGAGGAGUCGAUGGAUCAACUUUCCAAAGCUUAUACAUGCCUAAAAGUGAUAAAGGAGUGUGGGUUCCAAUUAAAAGAAGAGUCUUAUGGUCCAAUUCUUAUGUUUUUCAUUGAUUUUUGCAUGGUUCCUGAGUUCCAAUUUUUCUCUGAAAUCAUUAGAGAUGGGAAUAUGGUUUCUCUCCCGAAAUUAGCUUACUAUGAAAUGUUGCUAUGGAUAAAAAUUGAUAAUCAAGAUAAAAUAGAUGAGCUCAUCAGUUCUCUUGCCCUUCAUCACGGUGAAGACAAAUAUGCUUUUCAAGAGAAUUAUUUGCUUGCAUUGUGUAAUAGCAACCGAAAACCGGAGUGCCUGAGGCUAUUAAAAAGUACUGACGUAACUAAAGCUUCAUCCUUGAAAACCCUAUCUUCUAUCUUCAGCUCACUGGGAAAGUUAAUGCUGGAGAAGUUUGCAGAGAAAUGCUUUCUGGAUCUGAAGAAGACAGAUAUUGGAGAAGAAAGUAUCUCAAGUUUCAUAUAUGAUUUUACUACUAGCAUUCCAAAUUUAAUGAUAUUGGAGAAGAAAGUAUCUCAAGUUUCAUAUAUGAUUUUACUACUAGCAUUCCAAAUUUAAUGGUUCUCACCAAAUACCUUCUUAUCAAGUAGGUGGACAGCCUCUUCAGCCAUAAGAAUGUUUUCAUGAAUGGAUUUGCUGAUAUACCCCCGGUACCUACGAAAGUCCUUAAACAAAUUACCGGAUUAAUGACUAAAUCCUACGAUCCUUUUUGGAAUGAAUUUACCCCUCCUAAACCCAAACCCUUAGCCAUAAUUUCAUUGGAUUUUUCCUCACCCUAAAAUAAACCCAAACAACCUGUUCUCUUUCUUUACUGCCCAGGCUGUACCCCCUUACCCCCACCCUUUCUCAUCAAAAAAACACACCCCAUUAAACUCACCAAAAUGACCCACAAAUAUUUCAUCCUUUUCCCUUCAAUUCUGGCCGAAACACAAGAGCCAAAACAACACAUAUCAUCCCCAUAAUAAACCCCAACACAUGGACCCCCUUUGUUCCCUACCCAAACAGCAUACACACCCUCCAUUUUAACCACCAAAUAAGCCCUACAACUACACUCCAAAGCUAAGAAUAAAACAUCCCAUUUGUU